CUUAUUCUUGUGUAAAUAGCCUUCUGAUGAUAAUACAAGCCCCUUAUCGUCAUUCGCUGAGGAACAGUGCCAACCGAUCAUGAUUCUCAGUAAGUCGUCCACUGGUUUGCAGCAUGCCACGAAAUUUCUCCGGCUGUUCCUGCCCAAAGACCAUAGGAAUAACUGCAGAUAUGCCCACUUUGCGUUCUACCCCGACACCAAGACCGAGAGAACAGGUGAAACCAAACAGAUGAACAUGUAUCAAGCCAUCAACAAUGCGAUGCAUUUAGCUUUGGAAAAAGACGAUAACUCAGUGGUCUUCGGCGAGGACGUCGAGUUCGGCGGCGUAUUCCGCUGCUCCGUCGGGCUGAAAGAGCGCUUCGGCCAGAGCCGCGUGUUCAAUACGCCGCUGUGCGAGCAGGGAAUCGUCGGCUUCGGUAUCGGCCUCGCCAACGUCGGCACCACCGCCAUAGCAGAGAUUCAGUUUGCCGACUACAUCUUUCCAGCGUUCGAUCAGCUGGUAAACGAGGCAGCCAAGUACCGCUACCGAAGUGGCGGCCAAUUCGACUGCGGAAAGCUGACUGUGAGGUCUCCCUGCGGCGCGGUGGGCCAUGGAGCGCUCUACCACUCGCAAAGUCCGGAGGCUUAUUUCGCGCACACGCCUGGACUCAAGGUGGUCGUUCCUCGGGGACCGGUACAAGCCAAAGGACUUUUGUUGAGCUGCAUAGACGAACCGGAUCCUUGCGUGUUUUUCGAGCCGAAGAUCCUGUACCGCACUGCCAUCGAGGAUGUUUCCUUGGACCACUACAAAUUACCUCUCGGCAAAGCUGACGUCGUUCGCGAAGGCGAUGCAAUCACCUUGAUCGGCUGGGGAACUCAAAUACACGUCUUAUUAGAAGUUGCCGAUCUCGUGCAAAACGAGCUCGGCGCCUCUUGCGAGGUCAUAGACCUCUACUCGAUCCUCCCGUGGGACGUCGAGACCGUGUGCAAGUCCGUCCAAAAAACCGGUCGCUGCAUCGUCUCGCACGAGGCCCCGCUGACCCAAGGAUUCGGAAGUGAAAUUGCGGCAACCAUUCAGGAGGAGUGCUUUUUGAGUCUGGAAGCUCCGAUCGGCCGAGUAACGGGUUGGGACACACCGUUCCCUCACGUGCACGAAGUCUUUUAUCUUCCCGAUAAGUGGCGCUGCUUCGAGGCUGUCAAAAAUACUCUGGAAUAUUGAGCAGUACAUACGCUUAUAACGCACACACACACACACACACACACACACACAUAUAUCUGCAUCGGAGUACGGCGCGAUUAAAUAUCGAAUCGAGGCGGUUUGCUGCAAGAGUCGGAUUCUUUUUUUGUCUAUAAAGCCGUGCGCGCGCGCGCGCUAACACUUUCGCGUCACGUGAACGCCCAAACCGGUCCGCUAGCGACACCUUUAUCUGGCAUUCAGUCUGAUUAUUCACCAGUGUAAUACUCAACUAAUUAUAAACGCAUGCGAGAAAUAUAUAAUAAUGCGAUUGGUUUGCGCGAUCGACUUUGAAAUUGUGUUUUGUAGAUGUGCAAUUAUUUUACUGAAAACAGCAGAAUCUCUCCGCGCAGUGGAUCGUUGACUUUUCACUCGGAGCGCUUUUAAAGACUUAUUUUUUAGUAAGAUAUAAUAAGUUGUUUUUGUAUACGCACGCGCUGCAGCCGUAGUUUUGCUACGGCCGCGACGAUAAUUUAUAAUCAUUUUGUAAACCGAGUAUAGUCUCUGUUCGCUUAUAUUGAUAGCUCAUUAAAGGAGUGUUUAUAAUGUACGAUUUUAUGUGAGAGCACUUAAUAUUAAUUCACUCCGCUUUUAUACACCUUGAUUUAUUAUAACUAUUUUGUAAAAUAUUGGAUUCGAAAGUAUAGCAAUGUCUAAUCUGAUGCCGAAAUAAAAAAACUCGUUUGAAUAUUUUUA